CGUGGCUGCUACUUUCUUUUACUACUUAAUUCAUUUUAUGUGUCACAUACUUUUUUUUCUCUUAAUAAGUAGUUAAUGUCACAUACAUGCGGCUUUCACUCAAUUGCAGUGGUGCUGGAGCGACCUUCUUUAGAUCCUGGGCUACAUACUUGAACCGUUCCAUAUUUCUUACUCCUGAGGGGGACCGCACAGAUAAGCGAGACGCUAGUGCCUUUAAUACAUGGAAAGAUAUCAUCAUUCCUGGGAAUGUUGAUGAUGGGAUGACUAGUCGUGGGGCUGGGCUGGUCCAGCCUUUACCUUUAUCUAAGAGGAAGUAUUUGGCAAACUUCUUAGGUCGAGCACAAGGAAAGGUUGGUCGUCUUCAAUUGGUGGAGCUUGGUAAGCAAUACCCAAAUAAGGUAUGUCUUCCAUUGUAGCUCCAUUGUCUAAGGUGGAAUUUAGCUCAUUUGCAAAAAAAAAAAAAAAA